AUGACAUGGGGUUGGCGAAAGCUUCUUGCCAUUCGAAACAUGGUUCGGCCGUUCAUAUGGAAGUCUAUUGGUAGCGGGUCUGAAACUAACGCGUGGAGUGAUAUUUGGUGCGACCUAGGCCCUCUUCGUAAGUUCAUUACCCCAAGAAUUAUUGCCAAUGCAGGAUUUCACUUACAAUCUUCGUUAGCGGACAUAGUUUCUCCGAAUGGUCAAUGGAGGUGGCCGAUUGCCUGGUACAAUCUCUUCCCGGUGUUAAUUAAUUUAAUUCCUCCUAGUAUUCGGGAGAAUGUUCGCGAUCGGUUGGUGUGGAAGGAUUUAGAAGGAAACACAUGCCAUUUUACAUCUUGGGAGGUGUGGAAUAGUAUUCGUAUCCACGAUAACAAAGUAAACUGGGUGAAUAUGGUGUGGUUUAAACAAUGCAUCCCCAAACACUCGUUCCACAUUUGGCUUGUUAUUCGGAAUAAAUUGAAGACGCAAGAUCGGCUAUCGGUGUGGGAAGCGGGAAGUGAAACAAAUCUUAAACUUAUGUGUUGCCCUUUAUGUUGCUUUGACAGGGACUCGAGAGAUCAUCUGUUUUUUGAAUGUUCUUUUGCGGCUCAAGUUUGGAAUAAUGUUAGAACGAUGACCAACAUGGAGCAUGUGAAUGGUGAGUGGUCCGAUAUUAUGACUUGGAUGGAGCAAAAUGUGAGCUUAAAAAAGCCCGACAAUGUCAUCAGCCGUUUGGUGGUUGCGGCUGCCUCAUACUUUGUGUGGCAAGAACGAAACAACAGGCUUUUUACUCGAAGGCAACGUACGGCUUUGGUGGUUGCUCAGGAAAUUAUCACGACUGUCCGUAUGAGAAUUUUGAACUUCAAGUUUAAGAGGAGAUUCGAAAAAAGAAGCUUGAUGGAGAAGUGGAAGAUUCCUAGCAGCAAUAUGGAGAUAGAACCGGAUUAG